AUGUCAAUAUCAACAAAUGAGCCUGCAUCCUCAGGUCCGACAGCAAACCCAGAUGAAGAUGUAAAAAUCUUUAAUGAUGAUAGAUCACCCGACAAUGCCGUGACAGCAGUAAAGAAAAGAAAGGAACCACCUCCUGAGAAGCCCGAAAAUGCUCGCAUGCGAAUCCAAGUUCUAAUUUCAUUCUGGGCUAUUAUAUUGUUGCUUGGUGUGCCGAUAUGGUGGAGGACGACUACAAUUUAUAGAGCGCCAUUACCUUUAGACCAAAUGACAGAUUGGGCUGAGGGAAGGGCAUGUCGACCAGUAUUUCCGCUCACAAUUUCAAUAGAUGCCGAAUCACUACAAGAGAAUGAAGCUCAAAAUCUUCUACGAACUACACAACAUGCUUUAGAUGAUUUGAACGAUUUCUCCGCACACCAUCUACGAUUACAACUUUCCCCGCCUAACAAUGCUUCCGCGACUACAAAUGAUUUCUCGUAUGGGGGCAUGGGAGAGGAUGUUGCUUUGACUAUUAGACUUUUACCUGGAACAGCAUCAUCGGCAAAUUUACAAGCAUAUGCGCCCAUUUUAGAUAUAUACUAUCCUCCAAAUCAGAUCCCCUCGAGUUCGUCAUCAUCUUCUUCUUUAGCGACAUAUAUUGCGAAUACAUUGAGGGGCGUGUUUGCCGAAGAACAAGCUAUGAUUGCAUAUCUACUCUCUACUAGUUCCGCCCCGCCAGAGAGAAGUCCAAAAGCGUUGGCGCCAGAAGUGGCAGAUACUCUAGCCAAAUGGACGACGCGCUCAUUAAAAUACUCUGGAACUUAUCAUUUAACCUUCUCCCUCUUUACUCCAACUGCCACCCCCUCAUCUUGGGAUAUUGAAGCUGCGCUAGAAGAACAUAUGAAACCACUACUUGAAAGCUUCACUUCAAUCAGCAAUUUCACAAUCGAUACCCAAGUUCAACUAUACGCCACUCCCGGUGUCAGCGGAAACGUCCUGCGAAAAGAAGACCUGAGUGGCUUCAUCAAUGCCGCAGAGUGGCCUCUAAGUCCCAGUAUUGGCGGCGCCCCAACAAUCAAUUUCAUCCUCUAUGCAGGCGAUAUGGAAGUAGAAGGAGGUGGGAAGAGCUGGUUGAUUCCUCAAUGGGGUGGCGUAGUAAUUCAAUCCGACAUCUCAGAUUUACGCCCCGCAAUGCUUACUUUCUCAAAUCAACUAAUGUCCCUAAUGGGUGCCCCCGAAACCGGAUCUCUUCCUCUACGCCUAAUGACACUAGUGCGCGUGCGCAGCGCAGGUCUUCUCCUGAAAGCAAGCGGAACACUGGGAAGUCUAGCGCGAUUAACUAAAGCGCUCCCCUCGAUUAGCAUACCUGAAUCCGUGCAAGAUGGCGUCUACACAACCAUCGAACAUUUGAGAAAAGCAUGUGAUGGAUUAGGAGGCAAUGACGGAUUAGUUCAUGCACGUAUCGCGGAAGAAGCGGCAGAAAAAGCAUUUUUCGAAAAGAGUAUGGUGGGCCAGGUGUAUUUCCCGGAUGAACAUAAAGUCGCGGUUUACAUGCCAUUGUUGGGACCCGUGGGUGUACCGCUGGUCAUGAACGUGCUAAAGGAAAUUAAAGCAUGGAGAAAGAGGAGUAGAAUGGCUAGCUAG